GUGAAGGAAUGAGGAGGAGGUUUCAAUUUCAUGUCCAUCCAAGAAACAAAAGCAACCCACCCAAUGAGAAGUUUGAAGAGAUAGAUAAAGUAAUGAAAAAGGGCCAACCAAAGCAAACAAACCUGGGUGAGUGUGGCUUAAGAUCACAAAACCUCUUCAAUGGCCUCCUUAUCCAUCCCCUCAGCCCCAUCCCUCUCAUCCGCAAACCACAACGCCUCCACGCGCCUUAUCCUGCGCACCCCCGCCUCCCUUAACCUGCGCACCCGCCCCCACGCCAUCCGCGCCAUCACCCUCACGCAGGACGACCUCAAGAGGCUCGCCGCCGACAAGGCCGUCGAGUCCGUCAAGAGCGGCAUGGUCCUCGGCCUCGGCACCGGCUCCACCGCCGCCUUCGUCGUCGCCAAGCUCGGCUCCCUCCUCGCCUCCGGCCACCUCACCAACAUCGUCGGCGUCCCCACCUCCAAGCGCACCGAGGAGCAGGCCCGCUCCCUCGGCAUCCCCCUCUCCGUCCUCGACGACAAUCCCCGCCUCGAUCUCGCCAUCGACGGCGCCGACGAGGUGGACCCCGACCUCAACCUCGUCAAAGGCCGCGGCGGCGCCCUCCUCCGCGAGAAGAUGGUCGAGGCCGCCUCCGACAAGUUCAUCGUGGUGGCCGACGACACCAAGCUGGUGGAGGGCCUCGGCGGCAGCGGCCUGGCCAUGCCGGUGGAGGUGGUUCAGUUCUGCUGGAAGUACAAUCUGGUGAGGCUCCAGGAACUGUUCAAGGAAGAAGGAUGCGAUGCCAAAUUGAGAUUGGAGGAGAGUGGGAAACCCUACGUCACCGAUAAUUCCAAUUACAUCGUCGAUUUGUACUUCAAGACUCCAAUUAGGGAUGCAUUGGCCGCUGGCGCUGAAAUUUCGGCUCUCGAAGGCGUCGUGGAGCAUGGAUUGUUCCUCAACAUGGCUACCUCUGUCAUCAUUGCCGCCAAAUCUGGCGUUCAAGUCAAGAACAAGUGAGUCAGACAAAGAGACGCAUCGCUGAGUAAUUCACAAUUUCCGGUUUUUUUUCUUUUUUUCUUCUUUUUUUCAAUGUGUCCUCCGUGUAUUGGUAGUAUUUUGUUUUGGAAGAAAUAAGUGAUACAUAUAUGCACCCAUUUAUGCACAAUAUUCAUCUCCGCCCAUGUGAGCUUAUUA